ACACCUUCCAUACAAUUAAUUCAGCGAUAACACUUAUUUUUAUUUUCUUUUUUUGUUAGUUUAAUUCAACUUUAUGGAGUGAUUUUUACAUACACACAUUCGUAGCACUUUUGCAUAUCACAAAUCCUUAUCACAGUCACACCUAACCUUUAGGCAUUCAUUUUCCUUGAUUUAAAUUCACUUUAGAAUUUCCGUAGAGUUCGUACCCAUUAUGAAGCCGGCCAUAGGCGUGUGCGCACACCCAAAGAAACUUCUUCCGUACACUUACAGCAGACAACUUCUAACGGCAGGCAAAUUACGCGAAAUGCACAAAAGGAACUAAUCAUCUGGAUAGUGAUUUAUUUCAACUUAUUUAAAUUUAUCUCCAAUACAGCUAAUUCUGCGGUUUGGCAUUCCAUAUUUUCCAAGUUCAAAAAAUUACCUUAGUUGCGGUUUGCUAACGAUUUAUGAGAUACAGUUUUAACACUCAAUCGAGUCUCUCUGUAAUAAAUAUUUAUGCAUAUGUGCAUGUGUGUGAAAGAGCAAUUGAUAAUAACGUUGUAUAUAAUUUAUCAACGCGCAUUGCUGGCAGUUGCGAUUCUGCUUUAAAUUAAAUCUAAUGACACAAACGCAUUUUGUAUUGCCGCUAUUGAUGCCUGAAAGGCAGUUGGUGCGUGUUUUCCCAGCGCCAUACAACGAAGCCGUUUCGCCUUUUGCCGAAGUGAAGGAUUUUUCCAAAGCCGUGCGUUUUGAAUCACAGUGGCAGCCAAAAUUGAAGUUACCACCACGCAAAGUCAUACUAAUCGGCGAUGUGGCGGUGGGCAAGACGACGUUGGUUAACAGAUUUUGUUUCGAUAAAUUUGCCGAAAAAUACAAAGCGACCAUUGGUGUUGACUUUGAAAUAGAGAAUUUUAAUGUUUUGGGACAAAGUUUUACGCUUGAAAUGUGGGACACAGCCGGCCAGGAACGCUUCAAAUGUAUUGCACAGGCUUAUUACCGAAAUGCUAAUGUUAUUAUAGUCGUUUUUGACAUGUCCAAACCGGAAACACUGCAUUCGGCAACGAAAUGGCUGAAAAGCGCGCUGGCUGUCAACACAAUACAAAUGCCGCUUACAUUUUUAGUCGGCACUAAGUCGGAUAUGCUGAGCAAAGAAGAAUUUGUACGAGUUGAACGUUUAGCAGCUGAUGUUGCUGAUGGUAUUAAAGCUGAAUAUUGGUCGGUUUCUGCGCGUACAGGUUAUAAGGUAGUCGAUUUCUUUCAACGUGUCGCUGCAUUAUCGUAUGAAACCGCAUGCAAAGAUGCAAUUAUUGAGCGUCACUUUCUUGAGAAAUCCGUUGCGGUGCGAUUACAACGAAAAUCAAAACAAUGCGAUUUUCGUCACAACCAUUUAGGCAACACGGGAAAUUCAACUAAAGGAAGAAGUUUAUGCUUUUGUACAUGAUUUUCUAUAAUUACGAUCUGUUACUAUAAAUAAUAUUUAAA